GGGUUUGAAUCACCCAAGACGGAAAAAGGAAAACCAAGUUGACGUUAGCAGCGUUUAGCAUAGCUUAGCUAUAAUACCCUACAGCAGUAUGAACUUUGUACUAUAUUUAAGUUGCUAUAUAACAGCAUUCUAGAUCGUUGGGCACACGAGUAUCAAAUGGUUUAUGAGAAUGCAGAGACAUGGGUGACAUGAAAACCCCAGAUUUUGAUGACCUUCUGGCAGCCUUUGACAUCCCAGAUGCCACUGGACUGGAUUCUAAAGAAGCCAUCCAGGAAAGCCACGAGGAGAUAGAUAAUCAACUAAAACACUCAGUAAUCUGUCUGGAUGACAGCUUACUCAGUAACCCAGUUGCCACAACAGCAGAUGUUCCUCUUGUUAGUGUUAUAGUGAAAAAUACAAGUCGACAAGAGUCACUUGAAGGUUUCAGUGACCGGCUUCAUUCAGCUCCAGGGUUGCAGAAUGGAUACAAGGGACAGGAGGCUUGCAUUAAGCCUGUAGAACCAUCCAGCACAAGUUUUUCUAAUUCAUUUCAGGCUGAUUUGAAUGGGGAGAGUUCAAGAAACCUUCCUGGAGGAAUUCCCCUUCAGCAGAAACCUGAUGAAACAGCAGUAUUUUCUCCAUCACUUUCCCAUUUUAGUCCCCCCUACAGUCCUCAGGCAGAGGCAUUGUAUAGCAAAAACCAAAAGGUUUCAAAACAAGAGGGGCCUUGUUGUCUAGAAGCUCGGGUUUUGGUGGAACCUUUAGUUCCAGGCAGGGAACAAAAAUCAGAUAUUUUUUUGUUCGAUGCGUCUCCCAACAACACUAAAGAGAGCACACCAGAAAAUGGCAGAAGCAACGAUCAUCUCUCUGAUAGCAAUAUCAGAGGUGAAACAGAGAACACCACUAGAGCAUGUUGUCCAUUUACCUCUUUAAGCAGUGAGCAGAACUUUAAAGAGACAGAAUCCCAAAACACAGAGGAUGUUACCAACUCUUAUUCAUCUGCCAAAUUUCAGACAUCUGAAUUGCCCUCAUCUAAUGAUGCUCCAAUUGCUCCAAAAACUAAAAAGGAUCCCAUUGAGAACACUGAUCCCAAAGAAUCAUCAGCAUCGCACAGUGAUUGCGUUAAAGCUAAUAACAUGGCACCCAUAUCACCAAGAAGCCCCAGGAGUCCUAAUGAAGUAGUGAAACGGUUAAUGAAACCCUCUGAUAGCCCUGUAAGCCUCUGCAGUGACAGCAGCGGUAAAACAUCCCCUGCAGUGGCAUCUGUUUCAUCCCCAGCCAUACCCAGGGUCAGAAUUAAGACUAUUAAAACCACUUCUGGUCAGAUCAAACGCACAGUGACCAGUGUGCUUCCAGACUCCGAAACAGACGAGAUUCAUUCUGCUUAUGAAUCCUCGCCAUCGCAGAGCAUGAUCAGUGAAGAUUCCUUCUGCAACGUGUCCCCUCGUCAAUCUCAAGCCGUUGAUUGCAGUCCCAGGAGUAACCCAGCAUGCACAUCUUCACCCAAAAUGCCCAGAAGGUCUGAGGAAAACUCGAGACGUUUUAGGACAGGGUUCCACAGGAGUAGUCGCCCUGUCCAACGAUCUGUUGCACACGAUGUGCAGAAACCAAAGAGAGUUUCAUCUACGACAGGUCACACAUCAAACACAAACUUUCUUCCAAAAGCAAUGCACUUAGCAAGUCUAAAUUUGGUCCCUCACAGCGUUGCUGCUUCAGUUGCUGCCCGGCCCUCGUCCCAUCAACAAAGUCAACACAUUCUUUCCUCCUCAGUUUGCAGCACUGUCCCUCUGGUGCAUCAAGUCAAAACAGCCACGCCUUUCCCCCGUUCAUCUGCCCCGAACACAGCUGCAGGAACCCUAAACAGGCUUUUGACAAGUGCCAACCCAGUGCCUGUAUACGUGCCUAACCUGAGCCCCCCUCCAGAGUGCAACAUCAAGCUUCCGCCUCACGGAUAUUGCUGCCUCGAGUGCGGCGACUCGUUUGGCGUCGAGAGAAGUCUGGCGUUUCAUUACAACAGGAGGAGUGUCCAGAUCGAAGUAGGAUGUACGCACUGCGCAAAGACCCUGGUUUUCUUUAACAAAUGCGCCCUGUUGGCACAUGCACGGGAGCACAAAAGCAACGGCAGCGUGAUGCAGUGCACGCAGCUCCAUCUGAAGCCUAUAUCAGAGGAGCAGAUGUUUGUACCUCUGAGCUCUGAGUCGACGAACACGGGCCCAUAUCCCUCAACAUUAGUCUCACCAGUCAGUGAACCCGUCAUGCCCUUAUACCCAGACAGUGUGAUUCGCAACAGGUUCCGUUGUCUGGAGUGCAACAAGCAGUUGCCAGACUACAAAGCACUUGCAGGUCAUUACCAGAAGAUGUCAGAAGAUGUGGAAGGGCUGAUUUGUAAAGUUUGCUCAAUGUUGUUGCCAAACAAGUGCAGCUUCAGAACUCACCAGCGCCUCCACGCCCACAAGUCCCCCUACUGCUGUCCUGAGUGCGGCGCCCUGAGUCGAUCUGCUGACAUCCAGAAGCAUGUCAAGGAGAACUGUCUGCAUUAUGCUCGCAAAGCUUGGUACAAAUGUCUUCACUGUGACAUGGUUUUCAGAACCCUUUUAGGACAAAAAUCUCACGUUGAGGAGAAACACUGCGAGAUCUUGUACAAGUGUUCAGUCUGUCCAGUUGCCUUCAAGACCUCUAAUGGCUGUGAAGUACAUUUAAAAAAUAAACACAAAUCUAGCAAGCAAGCUCCUCAGUUGAUAUUUAAGUGUUCCUGCAAGGCACUUUUCAACAAAAAACACAACUUUUUUCAACAUUUUCAUGAAAACGCCAACAAGCGAGUUACAUGUGUGUUUAAGUGUCCAGAAUGCAACUCUGUGUUUCCACAAAAGCGGCUGUUGAUGCAGCACUUCAAGAACGUGCAUGUAGGAAAUUUGACGGCAGAGACAGAAAAGGACAGUAAAGAAAAAGAAGGGCUGGAUUGGUUCCCAGAGUCUCAUCCUGUCCAGCAGGAGAAGAGUCACAUCACUCGUAAAAACACAGACAGUCUAAGGAAGAAGUCAGAGCAGGACGCCAAAUCUCGCGUUAAGCCUCGGGGGUGGACAUGCGGCGAGUGUCUACAGUGCUUUGGUGAAAGAGAAUCCUACGUUUCUCACAUGAAGAUCAACCAUGGAAAGUCAAUGAAGAAAUAUCCUUGUCGCCACUGUGAGCUGUCGUUCAACACAGCUACCAGUCUGAGGAGACACAUUCGCAGUGAACAUGAUGGUAAAAGAAGAAUUUAUUCUUGUUGGUACUGCACAGAUCCAAAGACAACCUUCACAACAAGCGUGAUGUUGAAGAACCACAUAAGUCUUAUGCAUGGAAUUAAAAACCCUGAUCUCAGGCAGAUGCCCAAAACAUCCAUCAAAGAGUUCAAAAGCCCUUCAGGGAAGGGGAUAAUAUCAGCGUCGCCAGUCAGGCGCAGGCAGGUUGACACCUCGGAUCGCAGUGAUCUCGACGCCCCUUCAGCUAAACGUCUUAAAACUCAGUUCCGCUGUUCAAAGUGCGGUUUCAUCACGGACGACAGUACCGAGUUCCAUCAGCAUAUACCUCAGCAUAAAACAGAUGAAAACACUCCUCAGUGCCUUCACUGUGGUCUGUGUUUCACAUCUGUGGUUUCUCUUAAUAGACAUCUUUUUAUUGUGCACAAAGUCAAAGAUCCCAAGGAAGAUGAAGAAGAGCAGGAGAUGAGAGAUGUUGGUCGGUCGGCUGGAUCAGCCGCGACUGCUCAUGUGAAUGACUUUAAACCCUCGCUGGAUGAGGAGCCAGAAAACCCUCCCUACACCAACACUUCAGACUUUCAUUUAAAAUUAAAAACUCUUUCCAGGACAGAUUCAGCUUCUCCCCAGUAGUGAAGGUUACAUCUGUCCCAGAAAAAGCUGCAUUUGUUUGCCCUUUUUUUUUAUGGUGUCGAGCCAGAUUUGUGCUUCAACGUCAGCUUGACGCAGAACCUACACUAUGUGGCUCCCCUUUAGCUUGACGUGCACCUGUCCAGAAAAUAACUCCACGUCGUAGCAACACAUACUAACAGCUGCUAUUGGCCCAGGUGGUGUGUGUUUACAUGGAUCGCUGAUUUGCUCAUAAUUAACCCCCAUGUGGAUCAAGAGCAUAAAAUGUAACGGGCUGUAACUGAAUCUGUUUGCUCACCGGUUUGGCCGUGUUUGUUUUGAGCUUCCAGCAGCUCUACCGGUCUGUGCCAGUAUUCUUUUGCACAUUGUCUUCUAAUUUUUCUCUUUUUGUGUUGUGUUGCAUUCAGUAGUGACUGUAAUCAGCAUUCAGUGGCUUGCACUGUCCUCAAAGAAUCGACUACGUUCAAAAUAACUUCUUUCUGAAAUCUAAAGUAGAGAUUGAGGUGUAACUUGGUUUUUGUGUAUCUGCAUGCCUAUCUGUGUUCAGGUUGCACACUUGGGGUAGUUCACAUCCUUCACAUUAUCCACAAAACGUGAAAGUUAAGUUAAUUGGUAACUAAAUUGACCCUGUAUGCACGUUCACAAUUUACCAAUUGAAUGUGCAUGUGUGUGUGUGUGUGUGUUUUUUAAGUUAAAUCUGUAAUGGACAGCUUUGUCCAUCUGUCCGCUUGAAUUCUUGUCCCAUGAAAGCUAGAAAAUACUCCAUGCUUUAUACAUUGAUUUGAUGCUGAAGCAUACGUUUGGCUCAUAUGACUUUAGUUAUUUUAAUGGACUGGGGUACAAAGCUUUGGGGCCUUUUUCAUUUUUGUCAUUUUAAAAGAGUGCAGUAUAUUUAAGCAAAUCCAGUAUUUUUAUUUGUAUUUUUUAUAAAGAACAGUAUUGUCAUUAUUCACUAAAGUAAAUUUACUUUGCAUGUUAGUAAUAUGUUAAUCUUACUUUUCACAUAAAACAGCGCUCAUCUUUACUUUUAAAUGUGUUUUCAAAGCCCAUCUCAUCAGGAUGCUCAGGAAUAUCUGUUUAAAAGUCAAGUCUCUAUUUUCACAAAUGCAAUAGAUGGUAAUGUGAUGAGCUAAAAUUUAGUUUUGAAUGCCACAAACAAGUAGGAUUAUUGUUGAUUUAUUGUAACAUAAAACAUUUGAAUUUAGCUGUACUUUAAUUGUAGUACUCGUAACUACAAAAAGAAAGAAGAACAGUACUUUUAAGACCAUAGACAAAUAUAAACAAAAGGCUAUUAAAGUUGAAUUUUACUUUUUAUGUGUUAAAAUUCCUAAAAGCAAAAAAAAAUAAAAAUCUGUAUCAUCCGGUUGGCACUGGGCAUAAAAAGCUUGAUUGGUGCAUCUCAGUUUUAAAAUGCUCAUGUCUUUAUGUUAAUGGUUAAAUAUGUGUUGGUCAUCCCAAAUUUGACUUUUCUUUUGUGUGUCGUGUGUGAGGAGGAGACAUUGAGGUAUUGAGGUUUUGCUGCAGCAUUAUUGAAAAUACCUCAUAUCACCAGAAGUGUAUCUUUUCAACAAGUUAAUGUCAGUGAUAGUUUCAAAUCAGGGUACAUAGAUUUGGAUAAUCCAGAGAAGAUGUGAGUGUGAGCUAUGGUGUUACAUCUAGGAUACUGUUUUCUAAACCCCAACCCAGUGGACGCAAUCGAAUGCAGAAUUAUGCCAGGAGAAAACUAACUUGCGGAUCUGCGAUCAUGAAGGAUGUUUGUUGUCUGCAGGUUCUGAUUUGUGCAGCAGUACUUCUUGUUUUGUGUUGUCCACGUGACGGUUCCUACCUCCACUAUAAAUGGCAGUGAUUGUUAAAUGAUCCGAGGCUUUGGCAGGUUGAAGUUAAUCUCAGUGCAAUGUAAGCAAUUAUAUUUUUAGAACUUGUAUUCUCCCAUGUUAAUGAAUUUUAUAAAUUAUUUUGGGAAUAUUUAGGUUUAACGGUCAUAUUGACUUGAUAAGCAAGUGAACCUUUUCUAUUAAGUGCUCAAAAUCACACUAUAGCAGUUUAUCUGCUUGUAGGUGGGAAGGGUUAACUGUUCACAACUUAGCUUUUUAUAACAUUCAGUAAAACACAUUUGUACUUUUGAUACAGUGUAGAAAGCGGACUUGUAUAGAGGAAAAAGAAACGUGUACAUACAGUGAUGAAUGAAACCUGGAUUCACAGCAUCCUCUAAGCCAUUACAUCUGUUCAGCAUGCAGUGGCCUACAUGCCUUGCUGUUACGUUUACAUGAAGUAUUUACAAAUAAACAGGUGCAUUUAAUGAAA